AUGGCUGACGUUUGCGUCACCCAGCAGUGUGGGUUAUGUUGCUUCAAGCUCUACAACGGCGAGGAUAUUAUAGCUUUCGGGAGUGAUGGUCGGCUUUCCACGCCCUUUCAGAAUGGCCCAGCCUUUGUGGUUAAUGAAUCCGACGCCUACAUACAAUGCGUUGGAGCCUGUUUGCAUUCGGGAGGGCAAGCAGUGGGCUGUCAUGCUGAAUGCGUCAACCAGGUGCCUGCACGGCGACUGUCUGCUGUUCUCAAGGUGUGGACAUACAACUAUGAACCCGCGAGGUCGGAAACCAAUAGGCGGAUCACAUGGCUGCAUCAAACCUUCUCUUCUCUGCUGAGAAGCGAUGUCUUCGGCAAGAAGAUGCCCACAUUGCCCCCGGAGCUGCUUUCUCAAAUCACGGCAUACUGUUACAGUAGUUUUGCAAUCGAGUACACCAUGGCGCGGCUUGCCCUGGGCUGUACUAAAGCCAACGCACGCACAACUGUUAUCAGCAUGUCCCAACGAAUCUGGGCCCACUUCACAACGUUUGAAGGCGUCGAUUACAUAGCACCCCUGAACAACGCGGCAGACCAUCUUCACGCUGAGAUCAUCUUCGAACCCGACCCUGUCCGCUCUGUGAAGACUGUCUACAUCGCUGAGAUCGCUACUGUACCCUGUGUGGUUUUGGGAAGAACGGCUUCAUAG